AUGUCAUCUUAUAAUAUUGAUGAAUCUGGUGAUCAUUCUAAACAAGAUAAUGGCGGAGAGGAUCUGAGGCUUGGUGGACACACUCCUUUUAAAACUAUUAUCAAAUUAGUUCCUGGCCCAUUGAUUUCUCAAAUUGUAAAUCAACUAUAUGGAGUUAUUGACUCAAUGUGGGUAUCAAAAUUCAUUGGUGAACUCGGACUCACUGCUUUGGCAAUCUCAUAUGUUAUCGAAACAACUGCAAUUUCAUUUGGCAGUUUUAUAUUAACAGCUGCAUCAACACAGAUUGCUUUUUUAUUAUCAUCAAAAGAAUAUGAUAAAAUUAAUCAAUUAAGUGUGGAUCUUUUUCGUAUUUGCAUAAUAUUAGGAAUCAUUGUUCCAGCUAUCUUGCUUCCUGUUUCCAAACCAUUGUUUGCCUUUUUAGGAGCUGACAAACAGAUUCAGAGUAUGGCUUUUGACUAUGUCAUUCCUUUAGCAUCAAUGAAUAUAGUGACAUGUGUAUAUCAGUGCAUAUGCGGAAUUUUGCAAGCGGAAGGAAGGACUUGGACAUUUGGAAUUUCUCAAAUAAUUUCAAUGAUUCGAAAUAUGGCAUUGAUGGAUCCUUUAUUGUUAUAUCUCCUUAAAAGAACUCUUGGAUCAUCUCUUGCAACAGAAUUCUCUAUGCUUCUCCCUGCAUUUGUAUUAGGAAUCCUUUUGUAUAUGAAAAAAUUUACUACUCGGCCAAGAUUCAACUUAUUUGCCAAAAAGUUCAUUAAAGAAACAUGGGAAGCUUCCAAAGCAGGUCUUUCAAGUUUCAUUAUGAGCAUUUCAAUCGUUGUUCCAAAUUUUGUUAUGCAAAAGUAUAUGUCUAUAAGAGCUUAA